AUGUCCGCUACAGACUCAAAAAUUGUUAUGGCAGAGCAGAGCAGCCGCGAUGUGGUAGAUCAGUCCCUGUCGGGCGGCGAGCCUUCGCCUUCCGACGUUCCUGCGAGCACCAACGACAAGUUCACUGCUGGAGGGGACGAGGGGGAGACCAAGCAUAUCGCGACGAACCUGACUACACAAUCUUCAACAGAUCCGCAAUCGAACCACGACACGAGAUGCACGCCCGACCCUCAGAGCGAGAAUAUCGGGGCAGGAUUGGUUGCGUCUAGAGCACUCGAACUGAACGGAGGGGGAUCAGCUUCGGAUGCUGGGGACGAUACAGCUUCACAAGGUGGUUCGGAGUCAGAUGCCAGCCGAACAGAUGGAAGACACCACACUCGUACCGGCUCCGUCAAGAAACCUGCUACCUUCAAACCCGUUUCCUUUGCCAAAUUUGCCGUACCAAAGGCUCCCGGAGCUGCUGCGCCACCUAAGGCUCCAGAGAAAGUUCCCUCUACUUCGACUACUCCCCUCGGAACACCGCAACCAAGCUCUAGGCCACGAUUGGUAGCGAAGACCACACCUGGUAACUCUCUGUCAAAGUCCGGAUCCAACACUGCGAAACCGGGAGGAACGGGGCCAGAUCCGAACCAGGUCUGGAACAAAAACAGACCCGUCCAGCCAACUCCGACGAAGCACCUCACCGAUGAAGAGCUAAAGCAGCAAUAUGGUAUCCACAUGACAUCUCGGAUCCAAGAAGACGGCGGCGGCGGCUCGGAAGCCAAAUGGGCUGAUAUUGAUGAUGACGAGGAUGAUUGGGCUCCGGAGACCAUUGAGUGGACCGAUGGAACGAAGGUCACUCUCACUCACAAUGACAAUGCGCCUCCCCCAGAGAAUAUCCAGGAAGAGCCGAAGCAAGAUGCAACACCUGAUACUAUCACCGCAAAGGACCCCGUCAAGAUCGCAGCCCCCAAGCCUACAACAUCGGUUGGACCGAAUCCGACUGUACUUCGACUCGGAGGCAACGCUGAGCGCAAGGCCAAGGGUGCUAGUAUCUCAUCUAACGACAGAGUCCCUUCUGGAUCUACAAGCCCUGCACCUCCCCCGGCUAAAUCACCAUGGGCAGCUCUGCCUCCAGUGGAGAGAGUCUCGCCAGUCAAUCAGACAGCUCACCCCCUACCUCCCUCGCGCGUUCCCCCUCACUAUCAGCACCGGGACGACCAUUAUCAUGCAUCGUUGCCUCCUCAAGAAAUCGCCGCCGACGAUUUCAAUCGUCAAUGGCGGGAUUCCCCGCCGGGUGCGCCGCGUGAGCUGUUCAACUCACGUUCCGGCCGGUAUGAACCGGUGCCGGAUAACCGACGACCAUCAUGGCGGCAUGAUCAGGGCCCUCGAGCUCCGGCUGUGCUGCAGCGGUCUGGUCAGGAUAUGAAUGGACCGGCAGAGCCCUCUGCCGCUUUCCAGACCCACCGGCAUCACCAGGAGGGCAUGGGUUGGAAUCGCCGUCGUACAUCAUCUAAUGUAAGUGGUGGUAGUGGAGGAUAUGGGCGUCGCCCGUCGUUUGGCCGUGUGGAUGGACCUCCCCGGCACUUCGAGGCUCGGCGAGGUUCUCUGUCGAAUGGUAUGGUAGACCCUGCUCUGAUGGAACGUGACUACGGUCAUCACUACGAUGCGACCCCAAGACAUCAUCCUAGCGCGCCUAUUCAAGCUUCUCCGGCUGCGAGUGUUGGGGGCAGUGUGGCAGCUGAGAAUCCAUCUGCGGCGGUCCCUGAGGCGCCACAGGAAGACCCAGUUGCGCUCCAGGAGCGGAUCAUGAAGGAGACGCGCAUGCUGGCCCGGCAGCGGCGCUUGGAGCAGGAAGAGCAGGAGAGACAAGCGAAGGAGGAGCGCAUCCGGCAGAAACUGGCGGCGUUGGGCCCACCCCCGGACAAGCCGCGCAAGGACAGUGAAUCCCGCAAGGCCCCACCCACAGCUUCGGCUUCAGUGAAUGCGCCAGUGAAUUCACCCCCCAAACCCCCCGUCCCUGAACCCAGCGGCGAGACCACACAAUAUGGCUUGAUCAAGAUUCACCCUCCCGAUUCGAUCAAGAAACCAGUGAAUGCCAGCGAGCGGGACCGUGGCGCCGAGAAGCACGCGUCCAAGCCGCCCGCCAUUCACUCCCGCCAGACCACUUCUCCCCGCGACAUAAAACGUGAACCUGUCCACCCCCGCCUUCCAACCCAACUCAACUUCCGCAACCUCUUCCUCCACACCAGACGCAACCUCAAUCUUCAGAUCAAAGUCCCCCACAAGAGUCGAGUCUCCUAUCCACCCUGGUCCACUAACGCCAACCUCGCUGCGACCUCGCCUUCAGUCAAAAACCCCUGGAAGCCGCUGAGUAGCGAUCGCACUCUCGGUAACGGUAUCUUCGAUCAAGCCCUUGGAGGAUUCCCUCCACGAGAACUGCCUUUACGAAGCAGCCUGGGUCUGGACCAGCCAGCAAUGUCUGCUCAGACUUUAUCGGGGCCCCAGGAGGCCACGGCCCUCCCUUCUCUGCCAUCCCCCGAGACCACCCUCCCUGCGUACGAACCUCUGAGCCCCAUCGGCCGUCCGGGUCCCAUUGCACCUCCCGGCUCUCGUACGGGCAUUUCGUUCCCGAUUCCGGCUGCCUUGCAGCGCACAGUGGGCACCUGGGGCAGCUUCCAUGCACUUUCCCGCGAAAAGGAAAUCGAAGAGGGGAAGCAGAGGCGCAUCGACUUUGAAAAGGCGCGCCAGGAUGACCAACGCUCGGCCCCAUUGGAGGCCACUUCCUCCUGGAAGAAGCCUAAGCCUUUGCCCGAGGGACGGGUCAAGCGGGACGAUGUGGAAGAGAAGAAGCUUAACAACAAUGCUUCACCCUCUAACCCGCUGACUGGGCUUGAUGCUGUCGCUGAUGGCCUCCCCUUUACGGAUAACGGCCGCCCUCUUGCUAGUGUCCCUGUACGCAGCUCGCGAUUCUUCCCUCACGCCACCGAACAGCCAAAGCGCAAGGCUUCUGCCAAGGUUGAACACUCACGAAGCCCCUCCCCUCCUCCUCCCGAGGAGUCGAGCCACCCUGUGUACGGCGGUCGUUCUGGUCGCCCUCACGUGCACCUUCCGAACCCCAAGCCGGUCGUCAAGCUUCCCCAGGCUGCCAAGGCUAAGGCCCAUGGACCUCCUGUCCCUCCACCCACCUUCGCGUCGAUGGCAGCUGCACCCCCGCGUGGCGUCCCGGCACCCGCAGGUGCGAUUUCGUGGCAGGAGAAGAUCAACGGUCUGUUCGGUAAGAAGACUCCUCCGGAGAAGAAGAGCUCUCUAGCAGUCACCUCCGCUACGAAGGAACCUCUCGAUGUGCAGCGCCCUGCUACGGCUGUGCCUGUCUCUGUCUCUUUCCCAAGCAAGGACAUUGGCUCCCAGAGCGGAGACGGAGACUUGGCCGUUCGCCAAGUCGAUGAGCAGGAUGAAAUUUUCGAAGAUCGUGAGCCAGGCUCUCAGCCUCCUGUCCGUGUUCCCAAUAUGGCUCCGCCUGCCGCCUGGCGUUCAGCUCCCGCGCCUUCGCAGGCUCCAAUCCGCCCAAAGUAUGGGAAGUUGCAAUUCCAAACUGCCUAUCCCUACCAGUUUGGACCAAGCGACAGGGAUCAUACUGGCCACCUUCAGGUUUUGAUUCGCCUUCCCGGUUCCACUGAAGUGAAGACUGUUAGCCUUCCCAAGAAGGCUCAGGUACCGCGCCAGCAACGUUCUUCCUCCGGCUACAACAAGUCUCGUCGUGGUCCCAAGCCGCGUGACAUUUCUGGCAACAAUGCUCCGUCCAAGAAACCUUCUCCUCAGCAGGGCAGUGCCCCAUCCUCCCACCGUCACCAGUCACGCAACGCAAACUGGGGUCCGCGAAAGGUCAGCCCUUCCAACUGA